CCAGUGAGGGCGCCUGGCCCGGAUGCAAAACCAGAACCCGGUAAACAGAAGAUUCAACUCCCAGAAACCGCCUGGAACCCGUGAGGAAUCGUGCUUACCUCUGCGUGGAGCAGAGCAGAAUGGUAAAUUCGAUGCCAAGAAGCGGGGGCAUUUUCUUCUAACAAUGAACUCCUCUUCCUCCCACCUGACUUUAUCGGAUCUUACCCUGAACUCCUCGGAGGACAGCAUUUUAGGACCAAAUGUCAAGAACAAGUCUGCGGCCUGUGAAGACAUGGGUAUUGCUGUGGAGGUGUUCCUGACUCUGGGUCUCAUCAGCCUCUUAGAGAACAUCCUGGUCAUCGGGGCCAUAGUGAAGAACAAAAACCUGCACUCACCCAUGUACUUCUUUGUGGGCAGCUUAGCUGUGGCCGACAUGCUGGUGAGCAUGUCCAAUGCCUGGGAGACUGUCACCAUAUACUUGCUAAAUAACAAACACCUGGUGAUAGCCGACACCUUUGUGCGUCACAUCGACAACGUGUUUGACUCCAUGAUCUGCAUCUCUGUGGUGGCCUCCAUGUGCAGUUUGCUGGCCAUUGCGGUGGACAGGUACAUCACCAUCUUCUAUGCCUUGCGCUACCACCACAUCAUGACGGCGAGGCGCUCGGGGGUGAUCAUCGCCUGCAUCUGGACCUUCUGCAUAAGCUGCGGCAUCGUUUUCAUCAUCUACUAUGAGUCCAAGUAUGUGAUCAUCUGCCUCAUCUCCAUGUUCUUCACCAUGCUGUUCUUCAUGGUGUCUCUGUAUAUACACAUGUUUCUCCUGGCCCGGAACCAUGUCAAGCGGAUAGCAGCUUCCCCCAGGUACAACUCUGUGAGGCAAAGGACCAGCAUGAAGGGGGCCAUUACCCUCACCAUGCUACUGGGGAUUUUCAUUGUCUGCUGGUCUCCCUUCUUCCUUCACCUUAUCUUAAUGAUCUCCUGCCCUCAGAAUGUCUACUGCUCUUGCUUUAUGUCUUACUUCAACAUGUACCUUAUACUCAUCAUGUGCAACUCUGUGAUCGAUCCUCUCAUCUACGCCCUCCGCAGCCAAGAGAUGCGGAGGACCUUUAAGGAGAUCAUCUGUUGUCAUGGAUUCAGGCGACCUUGUAGGCUCCUUGGCAGGUAUUAAACACCUUCCUCUCUCGGUGGCUCUCAUCUCUCA